AGGGGCUUCAGCUUCGCCCAGAAGGUUUCGUCCAGCAGCCGAGCAAACUACCCAACCCUCAGCCAGCCACCAUGGUGCAAUGGACCGAUAAAGAGAGGGAGAUCAUCACCCAGAUCUGGGGCAAAAGUGACGUGGCCGUGAUUGGGGCCGAAGCCCUUGGCAGCUUGCUGGUGGUGUACCCCUGGUGCCAGAGGCUCUUUGCUCAAUUUGGCAACCUCUCCAGCCCUGCCGCCAUCAUGGGCAACCCCAGGGUCAAGGCGCACGGCAAGGUGGUCAUGGCCUCCUUCGGAGAAGCCAUCAAGAACCUCGAUAACGUCAAGUCCGCCUUUGCCAAGCUGAGCGAGCUGCACUGCAACAAGCUCCAUGUGGACCCCGAGAACUUCAAGCUCUUGAUCAACAUGCUCCUGAUCGUCUUGGCCUCCCACUUCGGGAAGGAGUUCACUCCGACCGCCCACGCCGCCUUCCAGAAGCUCGGCAACGUGGUGUCGCACGCCCUGAGCCGCCACUACCACUGAGCGACCCUCGACCAGGGCCAGCUGCCUCGCGUCCGCCCGGUCGCCCACGCCGCCAGCACCGCCAGCGCCUUCCCUCGCGGGGAAACCCCCUGCCAGACCCCCCACGCGGGGCCACUAGCUAAUAAACGUCACUCCCUGCAAGAUGA